AAACUGUUCAAAUCAAAACACUGAACAGUCACACGUUGUUGCCAGAUGAGAGGAAUGCUGCUGCAACUAGCUAACGUCCGUUUGGUGAAUUCUGAAAACGCACAUAAGCUAUGUCGUUAGGUUAGCUAAUCAACGUAGCUACUUCCUUUGCUAACAAUAUACACAGGUUAGCUAGCAAGCAAAGAGUUUAGCCCCAAAAUACUCAUAACCAGAGCCAUCUAUGUAUCUUAAUACAUGGCUGUGCUGAUAACACCCAUGGAAUUAUAAUGAGUUAACGUUAURUAGCUCAAAUUGAGCUUGAAAACAUAGCAGUUAGCUGCAUGCAUGUCUCCAUUUUGAUGCUGUAGCUAGCUAGAUUCGACACUAAGCCAUGGAGAGUUCUAUGAAGAAAGCUGUUGUGGAACGGAGGUCGAGGCUUCUGUAUCUGUCCAUGAGGCGUAGAGAGAAGAUUAGGAAAGCCAUCAUGGAUAAACGGAUGGAAAUCCAACGGCAUAUCAGACAUAGAAUGUAUAUCCUCAAAAAAAUGAAGAGGCUUGCACAUACAUUUCAGCCACCACCAAGCUCACCUUCAAGACCAUCCUCCCCCCCAAGACCCUCACCCAUGAGACAUUACUCACCUGCAGAGCCUAAAUCAGACUGGUGGGAGAGGGUUGUGACUAAGGAGUUCCAUCCUCAAGACUGGCUCAACACAUUCCAUCUGACCAAGGACACAUUUGACCAACUCUGUGACCAGGUCAGACCGGAAGUAAAAGACCCUACCUGUCAUGUCUCUCUGGAGAAACGCGUGGCAAUGGUUAUAUUACGGUUGGCCACCAACUUGGACUAUCUCUCUAUCGGUGACCUACUUGGCACAAGCAGCACCACAGUAAUCAAAUGUGUACGAGACAUAUGCAAUAUCAUUGUGACAGUGCUGAAGCCACUCUUCAUUCAUCAGCCAAGUGAACAGGAGCUGGAGGAAAUUGCAGCUGAGUUCAACACACAGUGGGGUUUCCCUCAUUGUGUGGGUGUCAUUGAUUCCCUUCACAUUUCUGUGAAAUCUCAAAGCCAAACCAGUGAUGGCUGGAACAGCAAAGGAUGGCCCUCCACGGUGGUGCAGGGAGUUGUGAAUGGACAUGGUCACUUCUGGGACAUCCGUGUAGGCUUUUCAGGCAGCACUGAUGAUGCAACCAUACUGCAGGGCUCUGAACUAUGGAUGUUGGCGAGAGAAGGGGGACUGUCACCGAAGACACCUCACAAACUCAUGGGCCAACCUCUUGGCUAUGUGCUGUUGGGUGAUGCAGCCUUCCCUUUGCAGACCUGGUUGCUCAAAUGUUAUCCAGUGUCACCUCAACUAACACCUCAGCAACGUGCAUUUAAUACUCAGCUAAGCCAUGCACGGACCCCUAUUGAGGGUACCUUUCGUCGCCUGAAAGCCCGCUGGCAGUGCUUAAAGCGCAACAACAGCAAUGCUGCCCUGAUCCCUGUGAUGACUCAGGCAUGCUGCAUUCUACAUAAUAUGUGUGAGAUGAAUAAUGAUCCCUUUAUGGAGAAGUGGCUUGAAGAGACGAGCCAAAGCCUUUCCCAGCCGUGUGACCUAGCUCCUGCAUGUCUGGAUGACUCCAAUGGCGAGGCGGUGAGGUCUUUGCUAUGUGAUUACCUCCAUCAGCUACCAGAAUCACAGAAGCAGGACAGUACACAUGCAGCGCCACCUGACCUGGCAGACUCUCGCCCUGUCACACUCUCUGAGUGUGCUGAAGCAGUCAACAUAUUAACUACACUAGACUGACAAUGUUGAUCUGUUACAUCUGUAA